GCGGCAGGAGCUUAAAACCUGGACACACUUCCACAUAUUCACAGAUUGUCCUCCUCAUACCACCGACAUGCCCAGCAAGAGAAAGAAGAAUAAGCGCCGCAUGAGGAGGGUGCAGGCCCAAAGAAGAGCCCUUGAAGAACAGCAUGUCAUCUGUGCUCCAGCUAAAGCGACACAGAGAGUCGCUGUUAGUGCAGCACCUUCAGCAACCCAGAAGAAAGAGGAAAAGAUUGAAGUAUCCCAGCCUCUCGAUGUGGCCCCCACUGCUGUCCCCAAAGAGGAGGCAACGGUAGUUGAACUACAACUGGCUGUGACAGAGCCAGUUGAACCUCCGGUGCCAUGUGAGCCGGAGACUGAGGUUCUGCAAGAGAUUCCAGCUGAAGUGGAGGUUGCAGAAAAAGCACCAGUUUUUCCAACACCACCAACUGAGCCUGCCAAAGCAGAACCAGAGGCCGAGGUGACCUCCCCAGCUGACACUCCAGAGGAGGCAGGAGCUGAUGAGACAGUGGAGCCAUGUGAUCCUGAAGCAGAAGCUCAGGAACAACAGGAGGAGGAAGUAGAAGGAACUGUAGAACCUCUGAGGGAAACUCAAGAGAUAGCUGUUUGUACCGCAACAGAACCAGCCACAGUGACGUCGGCUGAACAUCAGGCAGCUGUUUCCACAGAAGAAGAGGCUCCUGUAGGUGUAGAGGAGGAGACCAAUAUAUUAAGACCAGAGGUGUCACAACCGGAGGUGUCUGAGCCCAAGGAGACCGAACCGGAGGUGUCUGAGCCCAAGGAGACCGAACCGGAGGUAUCUGAGCCCAAAGAGACCGAACCGGAGGUGUCUGAGCCCAAGGAGACCGAACCGGAGGUGUCUGAGCCCAAAGAGACCGAACCGGAAGUAUCUGAGGCCAUAGAGACCGAACCAGAGGUGUCUGAGCCCAAAGACAGCGAACCAGAAGUAUCUGAGGCCAAAGACACCGAACCGGAACUAUCUGAGCCCAAGGAGACAGAGCCUGAGGUGUCUGAGCCUGAAAAAGCACCAGAAGAGUCUGAAGAAGCCAUUCCAGAGUCCAAAGAGCAGGAUGGGGCCGACAAGCUGGCUGGGGACUUUGUUGUAACUGAAGCAGUCUCGGUGUUGGAUGGUGCUGAACCUGCAGCUGAGAGGAGUGACACGAUGGAUGCCGAACCUGCUGAUGAGACCCAUGCUGAGCCUCAGCCUGCUGAAGAACCCAUCGCUGAGACAAACGUGAACCUGAAGUGUGAAACCUAUGAGCUGCCGUACCAGACGCAACUUCCUGUGGAGUCUCUGUCACUGAGCUCGAUGGAGGUGUCUGUGGAAACGGUGCUGAACGGACACAUUGCUUCAGAGGUCACCAUUGAGGGCUAGGGGCGCCAUCUUCACAGUGUCAAGUGGCAGACCUCCAGCUUUCUGGGAUUCACCCGGCUCACCCUCACUCCUUUCUUCUUUUUGUGCUCACUUUCUAAGCGAUUUCUACACUUUGAAGUGCCUUUUCCUGCUCAUCUUUUCUGUUGGCCAGAUGUUGACAUGCCACCAUUUGCUUCCUGCCCAGGCUGCAGAUCUCCAUGUGCAGACGCGGACACUGCAGUGUCUCAUAAGUCUCACAAAGGUGUGACCCACCAAAGUACGGUUGUCUGGGACAUCUGUUGCGAUCUUCAGUCAAGAUUCACCCGACUACGCCCAACUUUAUCUAUUCAGUCAACAUAUUCUCCUUCUUUUAACUCAAAUAAGUUUUGUGCUGCAAUGUGAAACUGACAUUUAAAUUUCAAUACUAACCUCGACUUGCUCAACCACACGUCUCAUACUAGACAAUCUUUGUUAAUUUGUUUUCAUUUUCAAAUCUGCAAAUCAAUAAA